GUGGAUAUCAGUACUGACGAAUAGCAAAGAAGAGGCCCUAACCAUGGCCUUCCGCGGUGAGCAGAGCACAGGGGAGAACAGCCUGGAGGAUCUGACCAAAGCCAUCAUUGAGGACGUGCAACGGCUCCCUGGGAAUGACGUCUGCUGUGACUGUGGCUCAUCAGGUCCAACCGGCCCACCUUCUACACUCCCUCUCAGCACGCAGACCACUAGUGGCAGCUCCACCCUGUCCAAGAAGAGGCCUCCUCCCCCUCCACCCGGACACAAGAGAACCCUGUCCGACCCUCCCAGCCCACUACCUCAUGGGCCCCCAAACAAAGGCGCAAUUCCUUGGGGUAAUGGCACUAAGGAAGACAGAAACCAGCCAUCAUCUCUCCCUCGACAAAGCCAACAACCCACCUGAAGUUUUUCAGAGAUCAUCACAGUUGGCAGAGUUACCCCAAAAGCCGCCGCCCGGAGACCUGCCCCCAAAGCCCACGGAACUGGCCCCUAAGCCCCAAAUAGGAGACUUGCCGCCUAAGCCUGGAGAACUGCCCCCCAAGCCCCAGCUAGGUGACCUUCCUCCUAAGCCCCAGCUUUCAGACUUACCUCCCAAACCACAGGUGAAGGACCUGCCCCCCAAGCCACAGCUGGGAGACCUGCUGGCAAAGUCCCAGGCCAGUGAAGUCUCAUCCAAGGUGCAGCCACCCUCAGAGGUCACACAGAAGUCACACGCUGGGGAUCUCUCCCUCAAUGUGCAGGCCAGAGAUGCCAUCCAGAAGCAAGCAUCUGAGGACUCCAAUGACCUCACUCCCACGCUGCCGGAGACGCCCGUACCACUGCCGAGGAAAAUCAACACGGGGAAGAAUAAAGUGAGGCGUGUGAAGACCAUUUAUGACUGCCAGGCGGACAAUGACGAUGAGCUCACGUUCGUCGAAGGAGAGGUGAUCAUCGUGACGGGGGAAGAGGACCAGGAGUGGUGGGUACGUACCCAAGUCUGUCCGUCUGUCCGUUUGACCAUUGAUCCCUCUGCUCUCUCCGCUCCACGGGCGGGUGUGAGGGUCCUAUUAGGUAACGUAAUUCACCUCAUGGCCAUUCACGUACGUUCCCCCUUCUGUCGCUAAGUGGGUGCUGUAACAAGACAAAGUCACUUUGAAAAUGGGCCAAGCCACCC